GAGCCAUGUCUGAGAAAAACACUCCUUCAAGACACUUGACAAGACUUGCCCACCCAGAAGACUGCCAAGAAACCAGUGCAGCUGUAAGUCCUGUUCUGCGGGAGCAGGAAGACACAGGACACAUCCCAGGGGACGGCAGUGACAGCUGUGCUUCUACCAGCUGUGCAAACCCACCCUGCCCACAGCAGCACCCGGCAGAUCUGAGGAUGCUGAUGGCCAGACAGAAGGCUGAGUACGAAUCUAAAAUUGCAAGGCUGGAGCAGCAGAACAGAGCCCUGCAGCUGGAGAUCCAGGGGAUGCACUGGAAACUGGGACAGCAGCGUAAGUGGUACAGGCUGGUGGAGAUGAAGAUGAGAAAUGCAGAGAGAGCAAAGGAAGAUGCAGAGAGAAGAAAUGAAAUGCUCCAAAAAGAAAUGGAGGAGUUCUUUGAAACCUUCGGGGAAAUGAACAGGUGGAAAUAAACAGGAGUGUGUCAGUUCUGAAUGGAGCUGUGAGAGAGAGAAAGGCCUCACCUCAGGUUCAGAGGUGAAAUACGAAACCUAAACAGGAAAACCUUAGCUGUCAAUUAUAUAACCAUGGGAUCCCUGAACUCCAGGAUUUUCUCUUACCAUUGGAAAAAACU